AUGUCAUCGGAGAAUAAUUUAUCAUCAAUGCUUCUUAUAAGUGAUGUUGACAAAUUAACUUAUCGUCAAUUACAAGUUGAAUUAAAAUCUCGUAAUUUAAAAUCAGGAGGUAAAACUGAAAUACUUCGUGAACGUCUUCGACAAGCAUUAAGAAAAACUGAUGAAAAUGAACAAAUAUCAGAUUAUCUUGAUGAAUGUUCCAUCUGUUUGGAUAAACUAUCAUUAGAUAAACGACUAACAAUUGUAACAACAUGUUUACAUCAAUAUCAUCGUGUAUGUCUUAAAAAAUGGAUUGAAUCAAAUGGUGAAUUUUCACUUUGCUGUCCACUUUGUCGAUGUUCAUUAGCAAAUGAUCGACAUAUUGAACAAGAUGGAAAUAAAAAAUUUCUCGCAUAA